UAGUUCACCCUUUUGUGGUGCGCAGUUUGUCUAUUACUCGCGCAUUUCACGCUACAGAAUCGAUGUCCCUCCCAAGGGUUUUGUGCACGCUGGUCCAUCACGCUUCGAUCAUAAUAUGGCAGACGUAGACGAUGAACCUCUCCCCUCCUGUGAUUUGGAUGUUAUUAGAAGGAGUGUAUCUCAAACUGAAGUUGGCGCCGUCUUUCACCUCCCUUUUUCAGCUUUGACUUCCCCUGCCCGUCUGCGUGCAUCUCUGUUUCGAGGAAAUAGACCAUAUUGGGCUAUCGGAGUCCAGGACCUUGUACCCAAUGGAAUGCCAAAUCCGGCGCUUAUCGAAGAUCUUCCAAAGCAGCAGGAAAGUCACAGUUUGGAUGACUCUGAAAUUGGAGUAGGAAAAUAUGGCAAUCUGGAAGUAUGGGGCUUAACAGGAUGGUAUUUGUAUUUGCUCAUGAAGAGAUUAAGAUUGUAUCGUUAAUAAGAUGGACAUAUAUACGUAGAAGGAGAUCAUAAGAGGCAUAAGAAUCUGAGUCCUUGCACUCGAACCUCGUUACUGUAAGUUUUCGUUGCUCGUAGAUUUCUUCUGAAUGCGCAGACGUAGCCGGCCACGAUCCUCUCCG